AUGGAGGUUUACGUUGAUGAUAUGUUGGUAAAAUCCAAGGAGGCGCAAGAUCACAUUCAGCACUUGGCUGAAAUGUUUAACAUACUUAGGAAGUAUCGAAUGAAGCUGAAUCCCCAGAAGUGUGUAUUUGGAGUUGAAUCUGGUAAAUUCUUGGGGUUCAUGGUAAACCAUCGAGGGAUCGAAGCUAACCCUGCAAAAAUCAAGGCAUUACUCGAUAUGAAGUCUCCUCAGAAUGUUAGGCAGGUUCAGAGCCUUACAGGAAGGAUAGCAGCAUUAAAUAGAUUCGUAUCCAAAUCCUCAGAUAGGUGCAAGGAGUUCUUUAAGGCUAUCAAGGAUGUAGGGAAAACUUUCGUAUGGACUGACAAAUGUGAGGAGGCCUUCCAAAGGAUAAAGGAACAGUUAGGAAAGCCACCUCUCUUGUCCAAGCCAGUAGAAGGAGAAACAUUAAUCUUAUACUUGGCCGUUUCAAGACAUUCCAUUAGCGCUGUCCUUGUGAAGGAAGAAAAGGAUGUUCAAUUCCCAGUAUAUUAUGUUAGCAAGAGGCUACAAGAUGCUGAAACAAGAUACACUAGCAUGGAAAAGCUGGUAUAUUCUUUAGUCUUGGCAGCAAGGAAACUUCGUCCAUACUUUCAGGCACAUAAGAUUGAGGUGCGAACUUCUUAUCCUCUCCGUCAGAUUAUGCAUAAGCCAGAAGCAACGGGAAGAUUGAUGAAGUGGGCUAUAGAGCUAGGACAGUUUGAUUUGGAGUAUAAGCCUAGGGCUACUAUCAAGGGUCAAGCUCUGGCUGAUUUCUUGCUGGAAUUUGAAGAUGACACUCAAGAAUGGGCAAUGGUGCCGUAUAGUCCAGUCGUUGAACCCAUUAAUGGUCUUUUGGUGGAAGAUGACACAUGGUGGAACUUGCAUGUCGAUGGAGCUGUCAAUUCUGAUGGAGCUGGAGUUGGGAUAGUUUUGGUAAAUGGGGGGUUCUUGGCUCGAGGUUGGAGGACGAACUUAUACAUGACUCACACGCAGGAGUUGAUGAAGAAGUUCAGGGAGGUGUAUUUGGAAAAGGUUCCUCGCGAGAAAAAUGAAGGUGUUGAUGCAUUGGCCAAGGCCAGUUCUAGAAGGGACACCAAGUUAUUAGGAACUAUCCAAUUUUGUGUUCAGGAGAAACUAAGUGUGUCGGAAGCACAGAAGGUCACCCGGUUCAGAGAAGAUCUGAUGGAAGUAGAGGAUGAAGUCGCGGAUACUUGGAUGACCCCUAUACUUAAGUUCAUCCAGGAGGGUCAGCUCCCGGAAGGUGUAAAGGAAGCCAAAAGUCUUAGAUACAAAGCAGCAAGAUUUGUCAUAUAUGAUGGGGUCUUGUACAAGAGGGGGUUCAACCAACCGUUGCUGAAGUGCAUUGCAGGGGACGAUUGCAACUACAUCUUGAGGGAAGCACAUGAAGGAAUAUGUGGCAAUCACUCGGGGGGUAGUUCACUAGCUUUAAAGAUCCUUAGGCAAGGAUACUACUGGCCGACUAUGAGGAGUGAAGCAAGCAACAAGUCUGACUCCGUUACUCAGUCCAUGGCCAUUCGCUUUGUGGGGGAUAGAUCUCAUUGGAGAGCUUCCAAAAGCCAAAGGAGGAGUCAGUUCGACAGCAAAGAGUUGAAGAAAUUGUGUGAUGACCUGAAUAUAAGGAGAAACUUUGCAGCCGUGUACCAUCCACAAAGCAAUGGACAGACUGAAGCAAUCAACAAGAUCAUCAAACACACGCUGAAGGCCAAGUUGGAAGAGAAGAAAGGUGAUUGGCCGGAGGAGCUUCCAAUGGUACUAUGGUCAUACAACACUACGCCAAGGACAACCACUGGGGAGUCGCCGUUCAUGUUGGCUUAUGGCUGUGAGGCAAUGGUUCCAGUAGAGGUCGGAGCAGGUUCCUUCAGGAGAGACCACUUCCAAGAAGAGGACAAUGUUGUCAACCAGAGGCUACAUCUAGAUAUGUUGAAAGAAGUCAGAAGGGAGUCGCAAGUUAGGUUGGCAGCAUAUCAACAAAGGACAGCCCGGUUCUAUAACAGUCGAGUCAAGCCUAGACCAUUCAAAGUAGGAGACUUGGUGUUGCGCAAGAUGAUGCCAGGGAUGAAAGUGAAGGAAUUUACGGAAGAGCGGAAGCAUGAUAUAACAAUUAUCAAUCCGUAA